CCGUUCCGGACGCAUCAACCCUUUGCCGAGAUGUUGAUUCGUGUUUGGCAGCCGAUACUGACCGAUGGGAAUAAAACCAAACAGGAUUCCUUGUGGUGACUGAUCCUUCAGCUCCCCUCCCCCCUCAUCUUCUCCCAUGUCCGACUCUGAAAAGGUCCCCGGCGGCGAGCCUUCGCCAGCCGAAACCGCGCCUGCCAAACGAGAGUACAAGGAGUUCGGCCAUGACGAAGUGAAGGCUACGCACGCCCUGGUAGACAUGAGCACCAUCGAGUUGAAGGCGGAGGAUCUCUACGACAAGGAGAAGGUCGACCUGGAGACGAUCGUCAUUGACGACGUCUUCAAGCUGCUGCAGUGCGACGAGAAUGGUCUGAGCCAGGACGAGGCUACCCGUCGUUUGGAGCUUUUCGGUCCCAACAAGCUCGAGUCGGAGGAGCAGAACCCUUUCCUGCAGUUCCUUUCUUUCAUGUGGAACCCGCUCUCCUGGGUGAUGGAAGCCGCCGCUUUGGUUGCCAUCGCUCUGUCCAACGGUCAAGGCCAGCCUCCCGACUGGCAGGAUUUCGUCGGUAUCGUCCUGCUACUCCUCAUCAACUCGUCCAUCGGUUUCUACGAAGAGCGUGGUGCGGGUAACGCGGUCAAGGCUCUCAUGGAUUCGCUCGCACCCAAGGCCAAAUGCAAGCGUGGAGGUUCUUGGUCCGAAAUCGAGUCCGCCGACCUCGUCCCCGGUGACAUGGUUUCAUUCAAGAUUGGUGACAUCGUUCCCGCCGACUGCCGUCUCACCGAGGCCAUCAACGUGUCCAUCGACCAGGCCGCCUUGACUGGUGAAUCCCUGCCCCAGUCAAAGAAGCUCGGCGAUCAAUGUUUCUCGGGUUCCACUUGCAAGAACGGUGAAGCCGAGGGUGUGGUGAUCUCCACCGGUGCCAACACUUUCUUCGGUCGCGCUGCCUCCCUUGUCGGACAGGACGACGACACCACUGGUCACUUGCAGAAGAUUCUCGCCCAAAUUGGAUCGUUCUGUCUCGUUGUCAUUGGUAUCUUCGUCUUGGCGGAGAUCCUGGUUCUCUACGCUGGAUUCCGUUACUCUUACCGUCGUGGUCUCAACAACAUCCUUGUGUUGCUCAUUGGUGGUAUUCCCAUCGCCAUGCCUACCGUGUUGUCUGUCACCCUGGCCGUCGGCGCGCAACAGCUUGCCAGCUACAAGGCCAUCGUCACCCGUAUCACUGCCAUCGAGGAACUUGCCGGUGUUACCAUUCUGUGCUCCGACAAGACUGGUACUUUGACCACCAACAAGCUCACCAUUGAUCGCCAGACCCUGGUUACUUACUCGUCUUUCUCUGCCGACGACGUUAUCCUUCUGGCUGCCUACGCGUCUCGCACUGAGAACCAGGAUGCCAUCGACACCUGUGUUGUUGCCUCUGUCGGUACUGAGCGCGCUCGGGCUGGGAUCAAGCUCUUGGACUUCAAGCCGUUCAACCCCGUUGACAAGCGUACCGAGAUCACCUACCGUGAGGAAGCCACUGGCAAGCUGAAGCGUGUCACCAAGGGCAUGACUGGCGCCAUCAUUGAGCUUUGCACCCGCAACAAGACUGAGGAGCUCGAGGCCAAGCUCGAGAAGGACGUCGAGGAGUUUGCUACCCGUGGACUGCGUUCUUUGGCUGUCGCCUUCGAGGAGCUUGAGAGCACCGACCACGAGGCUGAGGGCAACGGUUUCGAACUCAUCGGUCUUCUGGCCAUCUUUGAUCCUCCCCGUGAUGAUACCAAGCAGACCAUCGACGAUGCGAUGGCUCUCGGUGUGAAGGUCAAGAUGGUUACUGGUGAUCAGCUCGCUAUUGCUAAGGAAACUGGACGUCGUCUCGGUCUCGGUGAUCACAUGUACCCUGCCAAGGUUCUCAAGGACGGACCCACGCCCGGUGGCAAGCACGCGACUCUGGAUGAGAUGAUCAUGGAUGCGGACGGUUUCGCUGGUGUCUUCCCCGAGCACAAGUACGAGAUUGUCAAGCGUCUCCAGGGUCUCGGCCACCUUUGCGCCAUGACCGGUGACGGUGCCAACGACGCUCCCGCUCUUUCCCGUGCCAACGUUGGUAUCGCUGUCGAGGGUGCCACUGACGCUGCUCGUGGUGCUGCCGACAUUGUGCUUACCGAGCCCGGUCUUUCCACCAUCGUGCACGCCAUCCGCGGCUCCCGUGUCAUUUUCCAACGUAUGCGCAACUACUCGAUCUAUGCCUGCGCUGUGACGAUCCGUAUCGUGGUCUGCUUCGCCAUUCUGGCCUUUGCGUACAAGUUCGACUUCCCGCCGUUCAUGAUUCUGAUCAUCGCGCUUCUCAACGACGGAACGAUCAUGACCCUGUCUGUUGACCGUGUGCUGCCGAGCAACACUCCGGACUCUUGGGACUUGACCGAGAUUUUCUCGUACGCUGUGGCUUACGGAUUGUACCUGACCAUGUCCACUGUUGCGUUUGUGAUCAUCAUCCUCGAGACGACCUUCUUCCAGGACAAGUUCGGUGUCAGCCUUGAGACUUUCCCUGUGCAGCACAACGACCGUCAGCUGCACAUGGUUGUCUACCUGCAGGUGGCCAUCAUCUCGCAGGCGCUCAUCUUCGUCACUCGGUCGCACAGCUUCUUCUUCAUGGAGCGUCCGUCGACGGCUCUGUUCUGCGCGUUCUGCAUUGCCCAGCUGAUCUCGAGUAUCAUUGCGGUGUACGCCAACUGGGGCUUCACUCAGAUCCAGGGUGUCAGCGGUGGUUGGAUCGGUAUCGUGUGGAUCUGGGACAUCCUCUGGUUCGUGCCUCUGGACUGGAUCAAGUUCGCGAUGAAGGCGACCGUCAUCAAGCACCUGCGGGAGCGCCGCGAGGCUGCUGCUGCUGUUGUUGCCGCCUCCACCGACGGUGUUCCGAUGACGAGGACCCAGUCCCGUGCGGCGUCUCUCCACGAGAGCUUGUACUCCAACCGUGUCAGCUUCAUCAAGCGUGCUGCCCGCAAGGUUGGCUUUGGGCAGAAGCUGUCGAUCAAGCCCGAGGAGCUCCAGCGCUUCAGCUCGAUCCAGGCGCAGCGCACGGGUGCCACGCUUGCGCGCAACCCGUCGCGGACCCCGGCAUAGAUCCCGCCGACGAUCGUCCACAAUACACUCUAGACCUGCCCUUGACUUGUACAACAGACGUCCGAUAUACGACUGCUACCCUUCGCUUGACGAUGCGCUAUCCUCCUGCACCCUAUUUACCCAGCAUACCAUCAGCUUCAACCUCAUCCUUAUUCUGCCCAUCUUCUUUGCGAUGCCUCGCGCAUCGCUACCGUAAUAGUUUCUCAUUAAUAUGGAGGCUUGGUGUCGAUAGAUAGCAUGGUACGAUACGACUGACGACUAUGUUGACUCGCCAUAUUGCCUUUGAAUACAAAAUGAAUGUGAUGGAUGUAUUAAA